GCCUCGCUCCGCUUCCUCUGCAACCAUGUCUGACAAACCCGAUAUGGCUGAGAUUGAGAAAUUCGAUAAGUCGAAAUUGAAGAAGACCGAAACGCAAGAGAAAAAUCCACUGCCUUCGAAAGAAACGAUUGAACAGGAGAAGCAAGCAGGCGAAUCGUAAUGAGGCGUGCGCCGCCAAUAUGCACUGUACAUUCCACAAGCAUUGCCUUCUUAUUUUACUUCUUUUAGCUGUUUAACUUUGUAAGAUGCAAAGCGGUUGGAUCAAGUUUAAAUGACUGUGCUGCUCCUUUUCACAUCAAAGAAUGGAGAACUACUGACAACGAAGGCGCCUGCCUUUCCCAUCUGCCUGUCUGGCUGGCUGGCAGGGAAGGAAAAGAACUUGCAUGUUGGUGAAGGAAGAAGCUGGGUGGGAGGACACUGAGAUCUAGAGUAAAAAACCAAGCUGGCCCAAGGUAUCUUGCAGGCUGUUAAAAUGCAGUUUA